AUGGGGGAAGACAACAUCAUCAAGCCCGUUCAAUCGGCGCAGUCUAUCGCUGCGACCUUCUCACCUAUUCGGGAGGUUCUCUUCGUUGCCGUCGUCUGCAUGGGGCAAUUCAUGACACAAACGAAUGUCGGGGUAUGUCUCUCAGCACUCGAUAUCGUUGGCGAUAGCUUCGGCAUUGACGAACCAGGCAUUUUGAGCUGGUUUAUGGCCGGGUACUCCCUGACCGUGGGCACAUUCAUCCUGGUGUUUGGUCGUUGUGGCGAUCUAUUCGGUUAUCGGCGAAUGUUCAUCAUUGGAUUCAUUUGGCUUGCCCUUUGGUCUCUUGUUGCAGGACUCAGCGUCUACUCAAGCUAUGUUCUGUUUAUCUUCGCACGUGUUCUCCAGGGCAUCGGUGCCGCAAUGCUGUUGCCCAACGCAUUGGCUCUGCUGGGAGCCACCUAUCAACCAGGAAAGAGAAAGAACAUGAUCUUCGCUGUGUUCGGUGCCACUGCACCCAACAGCGCACUUCUGGGAGCGGUUUUCAGCGCACUCUUCUCCCAGCUGGCUUGGUGGCCCUGGACAUACUGGACCCAAGCUAUCGUUUCACUGGCCUGCGCUGCAUUAGGCGUGCUCGUGGUCCCCUCCAUCCACCACGAUGCUCCCUUUGACAGGUCUUUCGUGGGCCUGCUCAAAGCUCUUGAUGUACUCGGUGGUGCUUGUGGCAUCGCCGGGUUGAUCUUUAUCAACAUUGCAUGGAAUCAAGCGCCAAUAGUGGGAUGGCGCGAGCCAUAUGUCUAUGUGCUUUUGAUUAUUGGCAUCAUGUUCAUUGCCGCAUUCAUCUAUGUCGAGUUCAAUGUGGCAGAACACCCUCUCAUCCCAUUCCACGCAUUCAGUCGCGAUGUCUCAUUUGUCCUUGGCUGUGUCGCUUGUGGCUGGGGCUCAUUCGGAAUCUGGAUCUACUACUUCUGGCGAUUUGAAGAGCUGUUCCGCCAGACAUCUCCUCUCCUAACAUCCGCCCAGUUCUUCCCUGUCGCCCCGGUGGGGAUCAUUGCAUGUGUUGUCACAGGGUGGCUAAUGGGUCGCAUGCGGCCUGGAUGGAUCAUGGUGUUAUCCAUGAGCGCCUUCACUUUGGGCAAUGUCCUGAUGGCGAUUGCACCCGUGCACCAGACAUAUUGGGCAUUGACAUUUGUCGCCUUGUUGGUUAUCCCUUGGGGCAUGGACAUGUCAUUCCCUGCAGCUACUCUUAUGUUGUCCAAUGCGGUUGAGAGAAAGCACCAAGGCGUUGCUGCAUCGCUGGUGACGACGAUUGUCAACUACAGCCUCUCACUGAGCUUGGGACUCGCUGGUACGGUGGAAGUGCACGUCAACAAUGGCGGUCAUACUCCUAGCGAUGUCCUGAAAGGAUAUAGGGGAGCAUUGUAUCUGGCAAUCGGUCUCGCUGGAUUGGGCAUGUCUCUCAGCGCGAUCUACGCGUUUAAGGGCCAUCUAGACGAGAGACAGGCAAGGAAGACAAAGGCGAGGAGUUUUGGAAGUGUGUAA